CCCCAACCCCCAACCCCGCCCCUCCCGAACCCUCCUCCCCAACCCCCCAUCCCCGCCCCUCCCCCUCCCGAACCUCCUCCUCAACCGCCCCCUCCCCUGCCCCUCCCCCUCCCGAACCCUCCUCCUCAACCGCCCCCCAUCCCCGCCCCUCCCAAACACUCAUCCUCAACCGCCCCUUCCCCUCCCCCUCCCCCCAACCCUCCUCCUCAACCGCCCCCCGAACCCCCCUCCCAAACCCUCCUCCCCAACCCCCCAUCCCCGCCCCUCCCAAACACUCCUCCUCAACCGCCCCCUUCCCCUGCCCCUCCCCCCAACCCUCCUCCUCAACCGCCCCCGAACCCCCCUCCCAAACCCUCCUCCCCAACCCCCAUCCCCGCCCCUCCCAAACCUCCUCCUCAACCGCCCCUUCCCCUGCCCCUCCCCCCCAACCCUCCUCCUCAACCGCCCCCCCCGAACCCCCUCCCGAACCCUCCUCCCCAACCCCCCCCUCCUCCUCAACCGCCCCCAACCCCCCCCCCCUCCCAAACCCUCCUCCUCAACCCCCCAUCCCCGCCCCUCCCGAACCCUCCUCCCCAACCGCCCCCUCCCAACCCUCCAUCCCCGCCCCUCCCGAACCCUCCUCCUCAA